AUGGCAGUUGCACAAUCAGAAGCGUCACCUGACAAUGAUCUCAUUGCCCUGACAAGUGACAGUUCAGGUCAAGUCAUGUCUAUUUCGUCUACAGAACAAGCUACGAAUUUAUUUCAUCAGCUCAUCGAUUCGUUCAAACGUACAUCAUCCUCUGGAAAUGUCUCGAUCGAAAUGAACCGAUCAAAACAAGCAGAAGAUCAAGACGGUCAUGUUGAAAAGGGAGAAACUGGUUUACAUAGAAAGUUGAAAAAUCGACACUUGCAGAUGAUUGCCAUCGGCGGAUCAAUUGGCACCGGUCUCUUUGUUGCCUCAGGCUCUGCUCUUGCAACUGGUGGUCCUGCUGCAGUUGUACUUGAUUUUGCCAUUAUCGGUUUUAUGCUUUUCAACGUAUGUAUGGCACUUGGUGAGCUAGCAGUUACCUUUCCUGUCUCUGGUUCUUUCGCCGUUUACGGUUCUCGCUUUCUGGAUCCUGCCUGGGGAUUUGCUAUGGGCUGGAACUAUGCUCUCAAUUCGUUGAUUACUAUGCCACUCGAAUUAACGGCAGCUGGAAUCGUUAUUGACUAUUGGAAAACACACGUUAAUCUUGCAGUUUGGAUCACUAUUUUUCUUAUCGCCCUUCUUAUUAUCAAUCUGUUCGGUGUUCGAGGUUACGGUGAAGUUGAAUUCUGUGUCUCAAUCAUCAAAGUGAUUGGUAUCAUUGGAUUCAUCAUUCUUGGUAUUGUACUCGUAUUCCGUGUUGGUCCAAAUCAUGUUUAUUUUGGCUUCAAAUAUUGGCAUGAUCCAGGUGCAUUCGCCAACGGGUUUAAAGGAGUGUGUUCCGUUUUUGUCGCUGCCGGUUUUGCCUUUGGGGGCACAGAGUUGGUCGGUUUGGCAGCGGCCGAAGCGGGCAAUCCUCGAAAGACUAUUCCUCGAGCUGUCAAACAAGUACGACUUUCAUUCAAACAUCCCAUUGUACUCUAUGGAAUUGUUUCAUUCAUUGCAGCAAGUAUGACUUUAUUAUUCCCUGAAACAUCAAACAGAUCAUUGCCACCAAUAGUUCAAGAAGUCGCUCGUAUGGAUCUAGCUUUUGGAAUAUUACGUCGUAGUACAUUGAACACUGAAUUUGGCGAAGAUGAUGAGCCUGCUUCGCAAGAACUAGCUGAGAAUAAAGGCGAUGCUAAUGAUAUGAAAAUUGAAUCAAUGAUAGAGAUUGACAAAAAAGAGACAUCGAUUCAAUAG